AUGGCCGACCCCUCCGAUUCCAAGCUCGCCGACGUCUAUGCUCGCAUCCAGACCCAGCGCCGUAUUAUGGAAGGCAACCAGGCACUUCGAGCCGCCACCACCAACCCCGAAGUCAUUCGUCAGGCAGAGUCCCAGAUCCGCGAGGCGCAGCGCAACAUCUCCUACCUCCAGGAGUCCAUCAACUCCCUCAAAUCGCGUCGCGCCAGCGGCGGGCCAGGAUUCCGCACAGACAGCCCCACCGGCUCCUCCACCACCACCGCAGAUCCCAGGCAGAGCUACGCCUCGUCCAAGACUAGCACCGGCGCAAGCUCCAUCAGCGGCUCCCGUCCUUACCCAACAGACAGCAGCUCCUCCUACCUCGGCUCCAACCCGCCCUCCCCCGCCGUCAACCCUCGCCGAUACGACGGUCGUCCGCUUCCCUCGGCGCCCGACUCCACCAUCGGCAGCGGCGGUCCCGAAGGCUCGUACGCUCAGUAUGCCAACCAAGGGCCCUACGGCCCCGCCUACUCGCCCAACGGCGGGCCCGAACAGUGGCAGCCCGCCAUGCACCGCAUGGGCACCAGCGCAAGGCGCAACUUCACCAACCUCGACUUGAUCAAGGACGACACCCCACACACAACCGCAAAGAUCUCGCGCAUGCUCCACCAGCUCGAGUUCAAACUCCAGAUCGAAAAGCAGUACAAGCAGGGCAUCGACAAGAUGGCAAAGCUCUACCAGGCAGAGGGCGACCGCAAGAGCCGCAACGACGCAGAGUCCAAGCGCAUCGAGUCCCAGUCCAAAAUCGUCCUCCUCCAGCAGGCGCUCAAGCGAUACAAGCAGCUUCACGUCAUGGAGGAGGAAGAGGACAACGCAAGCCCAGAGUCGGUCGAAAACCGCAAGCAGAACCUCCGCAAGCCCCUCUCCGGCACCCUCCAGAUCUCCAUCCGCAGUGCACGCGACAUCGACCACUCCCCCGUACCCCGCAACACGCGCUCCGUCCGCGAAUCCACCGUCGUCGUAAAGGUCGAAGAUACGCCCCGCGCACGCACUCAUCCCAGCCGCAACGAGCGCUGGCAGGAGGACUUUGAGAUCGCCGUCGACAACGCAAACGAGCUCGAGGUCACCAUCUACGACAAGGUCGGCAGCGCCCAUCCCAUCCCCGUCGGCAUGCUCUGGAUUCGCAUCAGCGACAUUGUCGAGGAGCAGCGCAAGAAGAAAUUCGGUCAGGUCCCCGACGCCUCCCAACACGGCCACGGCCCCAGCGAAGGUUGGGUCACCGCCGACAGCGUCCAGCCCAGAGCCGGCGGCGGCCCUUACGCCGCAGCUGGCCCUGCACCCGGCGGCGGUCUCGACGGCGCGUACAACGGUCCUGCAGGCGCUCCCGUGCCCAACGGUCCCAGCGACGGCGUCGAGGCCUGGUUCGCCGUCGAGCCCGCAGGCGCCAUCUACCUCCACCUCAACUUUAUCAAGCAAAACGUCCGCAAGCGUCCCUACGACGCGCGUCUCGGCCGUCAGGGUGCAUUCCGAAAGCGCAAGGAAGACGUCGCAGAGAUCAACGGCCACAAGUUUGUCUCGCGACAGUUCUACCAGGUGCUGCGCUGUGCCCUCUGCGGUGAAUUCCUCCUCAAUGCUGCCGGCAGCCAGUGCGAGGACUGUCGCUACGCCUGCCACAAGAAGUGCGCGCAAAAGGUCGUCACAAAGUGCAUCUCCAAGAGCAACGCAGAAGCCGACCGCGACGAGGUCAAGAUCAACCACCGCAUCCCGCAUCGCUUCGAGCCCAUCACCAACCUCAGUGCCAACUGGUGCUGCCACUGCGGCUACAUCCUCCCGCUCGGCCGCAAAAACGCGCGCAAGUGUUCAGAGUGCGACAUCACCUGCCACACCGACUGCGCACACCUCGUGCCCGACUUUUGCGGCAUGUCGAUGGAGAUGGCCAACCAGCUGCUCAGCGACAUUGAGACCAUCAACAGGGUCAAGUCGUCCGCAAAGACCCAGCAGCACAUCCAACAGCCGCCUUCCCAUCACGCACAGCAGCAGCCGCCUUACUCGGCCGGCAGUGCGUACAACGCCAACGGUGGCGCCAUGGCCGGUGCACCUGUCGGCCGCGUGACUCCGCCGCAGCUGCCUCCGCUCGCGGGCACCGGUCCCGACGGACGCUUCACUUCGCUCGAAAAGCAGACGCAGCAGAUGUCGAUCAAGCAGGAUGCGCCGUACGCGUCGCCCAGCAGGAUCCCGCCGCCCUCGACCGAGCAACAGCAGCGACCGGGCGCCGGGCCCAACUAUGGUGGUCGUCCAGCGCCGCCUCGUAUGCAGGACGGCAUGUCGCCUUCGGCGUCGGACCCGCGUCUGGCCGACAUGUCGCGCCCGCCUCGCCCCUUGCCGCAGCCGUCGGGCUCCGGCUCGCCCAUGCAGACGCCGCCGCCGCCGGCCAACAACAUGUAUGGUGCGCGUCCUCAACCUCCAUCUGGCUUUGCUCAGCCAUCACCGUCGUCUCAGCAGCAGCCGUCGUCGCAGCAGAUGCACGGCAUGCUGCCGCCCUCAGCAUCUAUGCCCAACGCUGCCGUCAAGCAGCAGCAGCAGCCGCCGCAGGCGAUGCCGCCCGCACAGCAGCAGCAGCAGCAGAUGCCUCCGCCGUCCCAGGGACCCGGCUCGGCCCUUGUGCCGCAAUCGGCUGGCGCCGGCGCUCAGCAGCCGCCUCGCAUGCUGCCGUCGUCGCGGCGCAAGAUCGGGCUCGACGACUUCAACUUCCUCGCGGUGCUGGGUAAGGGCAACUUUGGUAAAGUCAUGCUUGCCGAGGAGAAGCGAUCGGGCCACCUGUACGCCAUCAAGGUGCUCAAAAAGGAGUUUAUCAUCGAAAACGACGAGGUGGAAUCGACAAAGUCGGAGAAGCGCGUCUUCCUCGCCGCGGCGCGCGAGAGGCAUCCGUUCCUGCUCGGCCUGCACUCGUGCUUCCAGACGACGACGCGCGUCUACUUUGUUAUGGAGUACAUUUCCGGAGGCGAUCUCAUGCUGCACAUCCAGCGCGAGCCGUUCACGCCGCGUCGCGCCAAGUUCUAUGCGGCCGAGGUGCUGCUUGCGCUCGAGUACUUCCACAAGCAGGGCAUCAUCUACCGCGAUCUGAAGCUGGACAACAUCAUGCUCACGCUCGACGGACACAUCAAGGUGGCCGACUACGGUCUGUGCAAGGAGGACAUGUGGUACGGCAACACUACGUCGACCUUCUGUGGUACGCCCGAGUUUAUGGCGCCCGAGAUCCUGCUCGAGCAGCGCUAUGGGCGUGCGGUGGACUGGUGGGCGUUUGGCAUUUUGAUCUACGAGAUGCUGUUGGGACAGGCGCCGUUCCGGGGUGAUGACGAGGACGAGAUCUUUGAUGCGAUUCUGGAGGACGAGCCGCUGUAUCCGCUGCACAUGCCUGCGGACUCGGUGUCGAUUCUGGAGAAGCUGCUGACGCGCGAUCCGAGCAAGCGGCUCGGGUCGGGACCGACGGAUGCGGACGAGAUCAAGAGCCAUCCGUUCUUCACGGACGUCAAUUGGGACGACAUGUUCAACAAGCGCGUUCCGCCGCCCUUCUGUCCGACGCUCAAGAACCCCAGCGACACGAGCUGGUUCGACACCGAGUUUACCUCGGAAAAGCCCACGCUGACGCCCGUGCACUCGGUGCUCAGCGCGCAGGACCAGGCCGAGUUUGCGAGCUUCUCGUGGACCGCACCGCAUGUGGUCUAG